AUGAAGGCCGUUUACGGUAUCGCACUAGUUGCGGGUCUCGUCUACCGCGCCUGGUCCAAAAAAUCACUCACUCCAUUCGGCCUCGUCGUCGCGGGCGUGUCGGCUACUGCGCACGCCUUGCACCCAUGGUACACACCCGUUGCAUUGCUCGCUGUGUUUUAUUUCGGGGGCACAAAGGCGACCAAGGUUAAACAUGACAUCAAGGCCCGCUUGACCCUGUCUGCGACCGGUACAGAGGGCGGCGAAGGCGCACGCAAUCACAUCCAGGUGCUCGCCAACUCUGCCGUGGCUACCGUUUUGAGUGUCGCCCACGCAUACGUUAUCUCGAGAGGCUCAUCCAGUGAUUCAUGCUUUUCUUUUGGACACAAUGCAGCGGAUAUCCUGAUGGUCGGGAUCGUAGCAAACUACGCCGCUGUCGCUGCCGAUACCUUCUCUUCCGAACUGGGAAUCCUCUCCAAAUCCAAGCCCCGUCUGAUAACCUCGCUCAACCUGCGUGAAGUGCCACCAGGUACCAAUGGUGGUGUGACAGCAACUGGAUUGGGGGCUGGUCUACUGGGUUCUUUCACCAUCGCCCUGACAUCUGCCAUCUCCCUUCCUUUCUGUGCCGAGCGAUCGGGACUUCAAGAUCGUGCGCUGUGGAUCGUUGCUAUCUCAUUCUGGGGUCUGAUGGGAAGUGUGUUAGAUAGUGUCCUCGGUGGAUUGUUGCAAGCCAGUGUGGUGGAUAAGCGAAGUGGCAAGGUUGUGGAAGGGGAUGGUGGUCGAAAGGUCCUUAUUCACCCCGGGUCGACGCAACCGAGCGGUAUUUCACACCAGCCCAAGUCUGGUGAGUCGACUGGUAGCUCUCAGCUCAAGGGGCUAGAAACCGUCGCGAAUACGGCUACCCUGCGUGGUGCACGUGCGACAAGUACGUCUGUGGGUACGCAGCCUGGCCAUGAUGAUAGUCACGAGAGCCGACGUGUGGAAAGUGGACAUGAUUGGUUGGAUAAUAAUGGAGUGAAUCUCCUCAUGGCUGUGCUGAUGAGUGUGGGCGCGAUGGGCAUUGCGCAGUGGACGUGGAAUGUUGAUCUACAGAGCUUGUUGGUUUAA